UGCAUUUCAAAACAGAAUCAGUACCUUUUGCAGCAUUUUGAUUGACAUCAUGCUAAAUGAAAGAUGACAAAAAGGAAGGUUAGCAAAGUGCCACCACCAUACGUGCCUGCAAAUGCAGCUUUCAAGUGCCAUGUUUCCCAAUUUUCCCGAGGAAAACAACUACAGACAUUAAAUGGGAUCAGAUAAAACUUCUUGGUUUUUGUUUGUUUCUCUUAUUCACAGUGACAUCUAAUUUACCAUUUUUACAAGGGCAUGAUCUAGAUGAGUGUGACCCCGUAGUUAUAUAAAGUGAGAAGCUUGAAGGAGCUUCUCAAACUUGUUCAAGUUAUAACAUUUAUAGAAAGAAAAAAAAGAAGAAGAAAGAGUUCUGACCAUGGCUGCAUCAUUAUUUAUGCCUUCAUCCAUAGUGGACGAAGAAGCGAGGUUUGAAGCCGAAGUGGCGGAGGUGCAAGCAUGGUGGAACUCUGAGAGGUUCAGGCUAACAAAAAGACCAUACACAGCAAGAGAUGUGGUGUCCCUCCGAGGCAACCUCAGACAAACCUAUGCCUCGAACGAGAUGGCGAAAAAGCUCUGGUGCCUUCUGAAGAACCACCAAGCCAACGGCACAGCCUCAAGGACUUUUGGUGCACUUGAUCCUGUUCAGGUCACUCAAAUGGCCAAGCACUUGGACACAAUCUAUGUCUCAGGGUGGCAGUGCUCAGCCACACACACCACGAGCAACGAGCCGGGCCCUGACCUUGCUGAUUACCCUUAUGAUACUGUCCCAAACAAGGUUGAGCACCUCUUCUUUGCUCAGCAGUACCAUGACAGGAAGCAAAGAGAGGAGAGGAUGAGAAUGAGCAGGGAAGAGAGGGCAAGGACCCCUUAUGUUGAUUACUUGAGGCCAAUCAUAGCUGAUGGCGACACUGGUUUCGGUGGUACCACAGCAACUGUCAAGCUUUGCAAGCUAUUUGUGGAGAGAGGUGCUGCCGGAAUCCACAUUGAGGACCAGUCUUCAGUGACCAAAAAGUGUGGCCACAUGGCUGGAAAAGUGCUUGUUGCCAUCAGUGAACACAUCAAUAGGCUUGUGGCUGCAAGACUUCAGUUUGAUGUCAUGGGGGUGGAAACUGUUUUGGUGGCAAGAACAGAUGCAGAAGCUGCUAAUUUGAUUCAAUCAAACAUUGACACAAGGGACCAUCAAUUUAUCUUGGGAGUGACCAACCCCAACCUUAAAGGGAAGAGUUUAGCAACUCUUAUGCAACAAGGCAUGGCUGCUGGGAAGAGUGGAGCUGAGCUUCAGGCUUUGGAGGAUGAGUGGCUCUCAAAGGCACAGUUGAAGACUCUCUCAGAAGCAGUUGUGGAGGCAAUUGAGAGGCAGAACAUUGGAGAGGAAGAGAAGAGAAGGAAGCUGAAUGAGUGGAUGCACCAUUCAAGCUAUGAAAGGUGUCUUUCCAAUGAGGAGGGUAGGGAGAUAGCUGAAAAGUUAGGAGUAAGGAACCUCUUUUGGGAUUGGGACUUGCCUAGGACUAGAGAAGGGUUCUACAGGUUCAAAGGGUCAGUGAUUGCAUCAGUUGUUAGAGGUUGGGCUUUUGCUCCACAUGCUGAUGUGAUAUGGAUGGAAACUGCAAGCCCAAAUGUGAUUGAGUGCACACAGUUUUCUGAGGGGGUUAGGUCAAAGCACCCUCAGAUGAUGCUGGGGUACAACCUCUCUCCAUCUUUCAACUGGGAUGCUUCUGGCAUGAGUGAUGAACAAAUGAGGGACUUCAUUCCAAAGAUUGCAAAGUUGGGGUAUGUGUGGCAGUUCAUCACAGUGGGAGGGCUGCAUUCUAAUGCACUCAUUACUUCAACAUUUGCAAGGGAUUUUGCCAAUAGGGGAAUGCUAGCUUAUGUGGAGAGGAUUCAGAGAGAGGAGAGGAACAAUGGGGUUGACACACUUGCUCACCAGAAAUGGGCUGGUGCUAACUACUAUGAUAGGUAUCUCAAGACUGUCCAGGGAGGUGUGGCUUCAACUGCUGCAAUGGGAAAAGGAGUAACUGAAGAGCAGUUUAAAGAAUCAUGGACUAGGCCAGGAGCUGUAGAAAUUGAUAGAGGCAGUAUUGUGGUUGCUAAGGCCAGAAUGUGAAAGUGCUACUUUUGCAGAGCUAUACUGCCGAGAGUGGAACUUGGGGAAAAUUCACCAAUUUCUGUGUUGGAUUGGAAUUUGGAAUAAAUGUCCUCAAUAAUUGAAGUAUUAAACGGGCCAUUGAAUCAUUCUGCUAUUUUUGCCUUCAUAAUUUCUUAUAUUUCUUACUUGUUCAGACUCUUGGCCAUGUGGGCAAGGAGAACAAGGAAAACUUGUUUUUCUGUGUUUUGUAAUUUGUUUUACUCCUACUGUUAAACAUAUUUUACUUAUAGUGUAUAUUUGGACAUGCAAUUGUGGACAAGGAGCACAAAGAAAUCUGGUUUUACUGUUUUGUAA